AUGGUGGUCGAUGAUGUGUUGAGGGAGGCGCCGGGGGCGGUGCUGGACGGGGCUGUCGACCCGGUGUAUGAGGCGAAGGCGAGGGUGCUGAACAAGGCGAUUCAGGACAUUGGUAUGGGGAGAUAUCAGUGGCAGCUAUUCAUCGUCGUCGGCUUCGGCUGGGCCCAAGACAACCUCUGGCCCAUUGCGACCUCACUCAUCCUGCCCCCCAUCCGUCUCGAGUUCAAACCCGACCGCGCCCCCUACCUCACACUCGCGCAAAAUAUCGGACUCCUCGUCGGCGCCGUGUUCUGGGGCUUCGGCUGCGACAUCUUCGGCCGCCGAUGGGCGUUCAACGCUACCAUCGGUAUCACGGCGGUGUUUGGGCUCGCGGCUGCCGGGUCGCCUAGCUUUGCUGCCAUUGGGGUAUUUGCGUGUCUCUGGAGUAUCGGCGUGGGCGGGAACUUGCCUGUUGAUUCGGCGAUCUUCCUAGAGUUCCUGCCGGGGAGUCACCAGUGGUUGCUGACCGUUCUCUCGAUCGACUGGGCGCUGGCGCAAGUCUUUGCAACGCUCGUUGCGUGGCCGCUGCUCGGCGACCUCACCUGCGAGGAAACGGACCCAGUCUGCACGAAAGCGCAGAACAUGGGAUGGCGCUACUUCAUGAUUGUGCUGGGCGGCGUGGCAAUGGCCAUGUUCUUCGGACGCUUCGUCUUCUUCACCAUCUACGAGUCGCCCAAGUUCCUCAUGGGCAAAGGGCAAGACGCCGAAGCAGUCAAAGUUGUCCACGAAGUCGCGCGCCGCAACGGCAAAACCUCGUCCCUCACCCUCGACGACCUUUCCGCCUGCAACACCCUCGCACUCCCCGGCACGACGCCACAGCGCUCCCACGCCGCCGCCGCCGUCCAGCGCAAUCUCGAGAAGAUAAACACCUCCCACGUCAAAGCACUCUUCGCCACCCCCAAGCUCGCCUACAGCACCACCCUCAUCACCCUCGUGUGGGCGUUCAUCGGCCUCGGCUUCCCGCUGUACAACGCCUUCCUCCCCUUCAUCCAGGCCACCCGCGGCGCAGACUUUGGCGACGGCUCCACAUACCUGACGUACCGCAACUCGCUCAUCAUCGCCGUGCUGGGCAUCCCCGGCUGCCUGCUCGGCGGAUACCUGGUGGAGCGACCCAGGAUUGGGCGAAAAGGCACGCUGGCGGGCGCGACGGUGCUGACGGGCGUGUUCCUCUUCUGUUCGACCACGGCGCUGACCUCGGCGUCUUUGUUGGGGUGGAACUGCGCGUACAACUUCAUGUCCAACAUCAUGUACGCGGUGCUGUACUCGUACACGCCCGAGAUCUUCCCGACCAAGGAUCGCGGGACGGGGAAUGCGAUUACGGCGAGUGCGAACCGCGUGUUUGGCAUCAUGGCGCCGAUUGUGGCCAUGUAUGCGAAUCUGGAGACGAGCGCGCCCGUGUACGUGAGCGGGGCGCUGUUUGUGGCGAGUGGGUUGCUUGUGCUGGUCUUGCCGUUUGAGAGCAGGGGGAAGGCGAGCUUGUGA